AUAAUUUAUCAGUAAAAUCACCAAAUCUAGCCCUAGUUUCUUGUAUUAUUUUUCGGAGAGAAAUCCCGAGUUAAAGUUUUAGAUUUUUCCCGAAAAAUAAUUCAUACAAGUUUCAGAUCUUCUGGUUUCUCUCUUUCGGUAUUUAUCUCUCAAUCAUUCUUUAUAUCUUAAGAUUUGUGCAUAUUAUAUAUAGGUGAAAGUAAAAGGAAAGAGAUAAUGGAGCAAUCAAAUUCUAAAAGAAAGAAGAUCAAAGGUUCUUGGUGUCAAUAUGUGAAUACUUUCGGCGAAAAGUUUGAUAGCAUGCACAAGCAGAAUACGGAUUUAUCUAGUGACAUAAAAAUAUCAACCGUAAAAGUAUCUAAAAGUGUAGUGAGCGUGGCAUCUCUUUCUGCUGAUAAGAAAUUUCAUUUCUUUGGUAGCGGCACAGUUAUCAAAUGUGAUCAAGUUAACAUGAAAUAUGUAUCUACUAUAUUAACAUCUGGAAGUAUGUUUGGUGAUUCUAGAAAUGGCGUUGAGUAUGUGGCCCAAAUUUAUUUGCACGAUGGAAGGACAUUUGAUGUUCGUGCGUAUCAUUAUGAUAUCCAUUAUAACAUUGCACUUCUGAAAGUUGAAUCAAUUCGACCGUUGUUGCCUGCAAUUCUGAAAGGUGUCAAAGUGAUCAAUAAAGCCCCUGCAAGAGGGGGAUUUCUUCGUCGACACUCUGACACUUUUCAUCUUUCCCAUGGAGAUGAGGUGAUAUCUGUUGGUCGGUUCUGUCAGGAACCAUAUAGAGUGAUGUCUGCUCCUGGAACAUUCAGUAAUAAAUGUUGCGAUUUGGAUUGUCCACUGAUGCUCAAAACGACCUGCAACAUCUCAAAGUGUGGUACUGGUGGACCUCUCAUUAAUGGUGAUGGGGAGGUAAUUGGCAUCAAUUUCUUUCUUGAAGAAUACACACCAUUUAUGCCUAUAAAUAUUGUUUCGAAGUGCAUAGAACACUUCGAAAAACACGGGAAAUUUGUUCGGCCUAAUUUUGGAAUCAAAGGAGCUAAUUUCUCUACUGGAACAAGUUUGCAAAUGAUGGACAAAAUUAACCGGGCAUUUCCUGACAUAUCUACAGGAAUUCUUGUUAAAGAGGUAGUACCACUGUCCCCUGCAUAUUAUGCUGGUAUACGUGCGGGGGAUGUUCUUCUCCGUUGUGGUGGAGACAUUAUUCAGAGUGUUGUUGAGUUUGAAGUAAUUAUGUUGGAUAAGAUUGGGGAGGCACUAGAGAUAGAGUUGCUAAAAGAAUUCAAGUUGGUGGAGAAGACUGUGGUCGUUGAGGAGUUGAGCCCAGAUCAGUUUUACAGUUGGUGUCUUCCUAAGAGACGAUGGGUGGUAAUGACUGGUGAUGUCUAACAUCAUGAGACUGUUUCUCUUGUUUCCCUCGUUGUAAAAUAUUUCGGUAGUCUGUAGUGGUAGUUAUCAGGUAUGUUAAGCAGCGCUAUGAUAUAGUUGUAGUUUGCACAAUUGUUAAGGCAAGGAGGAAAGGGAAAUAUGUUUAAGUAUUUCUUAUAAUUAUAUCCUUACGGAUAAUAAAUAGUAAAACUUAGAAAUGAUUUAUUUCUUAAACUAUACCAUGGUUUUCCGUAAACUUUAUAAACAUUACUAUCAAAUUAUAUAUAUUUCUAUGGGCCAAUUACUUAAUGGUCAUACUUUUUGUAA